AUGCUGGACUUCCUGAAGAGCUUCCGGGCUCAGCUCACCCCACCAGAGUGGGACAGCAUCAUGGCCCUGCAGCCCGACGAGGCGGCGAUGGAGGCCCAGUUCCAGCGACUCUGGAGCCUGAAGGAGGCAUACUCCAAGGCUCUGGGGCUGGGGCUGGCGGCGCCACUGGGCAAGGCAUCCUUCAGCAUAUCCCCCGACUCGAGCUGCGCGUCCCUCUGCCUGUCUGGCGCGGAGCGGGAGGACUGGGCCUUCAGGCUGCACAAGCUGCCGCAGGGGCACUGGGCGGCCGUGGCUCGCGCGCCCCCGGCUCAGAUCGUGGAUGCGCACGGCGUGUUCUCUGCCACGCUGACGAGGACGGAUUUUGAGCCGGAGGAGUGGCGUGGGGUGCUGACCGCCCCCGAGCCGGCCUUUGCCCUGGUCCCUGUGUGCUCCCUGCUCCCUACACAGUGCCUUGACAACUACGAGGCGGCUGGGGGUGAGAUUUAUUGA